AUGCAUCACCACAGUUUCGAGCCAUGGGAGCCACAGUCCCCCUGGUGCGGGCGGGGCAUCUGCGUUCUCACUCCCGCCGAGCUAGGUCCCUGCCACUACACACGCCGACGCAUCCCCUGCAUUAGUUCACCACGCGCACUUCAAAGUACUAUUCCCGCGAUCGACUCGAUGCCCUCCGAGCCGCCGUCAUCCUCGCACGGCCAUUCGAGAGCGCACAGUCGUGCCCCUUUGCGCUCAACACGUCUUCGAACGACAACGGGUCGAACAACGGCAGCAGCGAGAACAGCUCUCGAGCGUGAGCUCUUUCAGCUCGCACCUAUCUAG